GCUGCGACCCAGUGCGUUCAACCAUCAGGUACCACUUUCGCAUUCCCAGCUGCAUUUGUCGGUGCAAUUAAACGAAAAAUUAUGACACCUGUGUUUACUUACAGAAGUACUUAGGUACCAAAAAAGUAAACGGUUUGAUGUAGUGUUUCGACUAUGUGGCGCAAAGUUGUCGUGGUACUGUUGGGAUUAGCUGGUACAGUGCAACAGUGUUUGGCAGCUUCAAGAAGAAGUAACUUUGAAGAAGGUUGUCCAUUGGAACCUGCCUGUCUCCACUGCGGACCAAACGGCUGUGAAAAGUGCCCCAAACUCAUAGUGAACCCGUCACGAAAAUGCGUAAACACUUGCCCCUUGGGCUACACAGAAAGCUGGAGCACAAUGGUCGAUUUCAUGGGACGAGUUUGCAGUCACAAUGGCAAUUUUCUGGGCUUCUCCUCGAACACUCUAACCAUCCUUGCAGGAAUCGUAGCAGGCCUAUCAAUGUGUUUUGUAGCCUUUUUCAUUGCAAUUCUAUAUGUAAAGUUUAAAAGAAAACAUGCAACGUUUACUAGCGAUACCAGUUCUGAAACUGAUACCGAUACUCCUGAAAGAAAGGAUUUUAUCAAGCAACUGGAAACAUUAAGGUUUUAUUCCCAAUGUUAUUUAGAUAUGCUUAAUGAAACAAGGCAGCAAAUAAGACAAUUGCACCAGGAAGGCGAUAAUAGUGCUAUUGCAGCCUACAAGCCUGUUGUAAGGGAUUUAGCGAAAAUUCUCUUACUUUUAAAUAAACCUGUAGAGAAUUUAUCAAUACCAGACGACUGGGAGCAUUUGUUUAAUUGGGCAGAAAAAGCCUUGAAACGUUACAAAAGAAUGAGCGACUCAAGUCAGCCGCAAGUAGCCCAGCUCAUUCACUUUUUACAAUCACCAAUUAUACCCAGUGAUCCUGAUGAACCAGAAUACUCUGUAAGAGGCAGCACUACAAUGAGCACCUUUAAACCUGACCAACCUUUCGGAGGUUCAUCGUUGAGUCUUCAAAGUACCUUGGUCAAAGGGUACCAAGAAAAAUAUCAAAACUUGAGUCCCGAAUGGAAAUUUGAAUACUCCUUGGUGGGGAAUACGUCAUCAGAAUUCAAUCCGAUGGCGUGGAAGAAUAGUAAGGAGUUUGUGAGCGGGUCUCCAUUGUUUUUAGAAGACGAUUUCUACAAGCUAGGGUACAGGCCUCAGGACGAAAUUACCACGGAAUUGUGACAAAGUACAAAAAGCUGUACAUAAUAAUUAUAUACUACUGUGAUUUUUGUUUGAUGUUUAGUGUAGAGAAUUUUGUAUCCAAAGAAACAUAUUUAUAUACCAGGUGGGCUCUACAUAGUUGUAGUAGAAACUCACUUCUCAGUUUUAUUUGACUCACCAGGUACCUAAAUGUGUAUUAAUGCAUGGUGCUAAAAUUUUAAUUAUGUUGGUAAAAAUAAACCAAAAUAUUUGUAAUUUUAUUUUCAUCCCUUUUUAUACCUAUUUUGUAAAUAUUUAUUUAAGCGUUGUAUAGUAAUUUAUGUGUGAAACAAAAUAAAUUGUAAGG